AGAGGGGGUAUAUUUGGAAUAUGACACCAAAAAUUUCUGCAUAUGUUUCACACUCCUCCAUUGGUCUUCUCCACUGGCGCAGACUCGCAAAGUUCCUCCUCCCUCAUUUCCAGAAUGGCGAAAGUUUUAGGAUUUCUGGUACUAGCAUUGUCCGCACUGAUCUGUGAAGCGGCAAUCUUCAAACCUAUCUCCGAUUCUCACCGAUCUGCUGCAUUGGAGUUGUUUACUCCCGCUCAUGGAUCUUUGUCGAGUUUGGAAGAAACAUAUGAGGCUUUAAGGACAUUUGAGGUUCUUGGAAUUAAAAAACAGCCUGACCAAAGGGCUGCUACAUGUGCGACGGUGGUGGACACUCUGUCAUCUCCUACUUCAGCAUUGAAAGAUCUGUUCCAGGCAUUAAGAGUCAAUGGGUUAUUGAACUGCGAGCUUAACAAGAAGACAUUCGCAGGCAUAGCCCCAAGACUUAAGGAUGCUGUGAAAAGUGCCAGCUCACUUCUUGACUACUACUAUUCAGUUGGAAGUUUAGUUCUUAUCAAGGGCCUAAAUUCUGACGUGAAUGUACAUCUUGAAAGUGCUGAUUCAGUUGUCCGCGCCAUAAAGGCUCUUAGCCAAAGUGAUGGAAGGUGGCGUUAUAGCUCCAACAAUCCCGAGUCUAGCACUUAUGCUGCAGGAAUUGCACUUGAGAGCCUGGCUGGUGUCAUUUCAUUAGCUUCUUCUGAGAUUGAUCAAUCUUUGAUUAGCAUGGUGAAAAAUGAUAUAUCGAAGCUUCUUGAUGGUCUAGAGAAAUACGAUGAUGGAGCCUAUUACUUUGAUGAAAAACUUGCUGAUGCUCAUGGACAUCAGGGUCCCCUCUCAGCUUCAUCAGCUGUAGUGCGUGGGAUUACAGCUUUUGCCGCUGUGUCUGCCGAAAAUUUAAAUCUUCCAGGUGACAAAAUUCUAGGUUUGGCAAGGUUUCUCCUUGAUGCUGGAGUUCCUGGAAAUGCGAAGGACUUGUAUUAUCAAAUUGAAGCAUUGGCUUCCUUGGAAAACAAUAGGGUCUCCAUUCCAUUGAUAUUAUCACUCCCGACCAGCGUUCUUUCGUUGACUAGAAAGGACCAGCUUAAGGUAAGCGUAAACACUGUUUUGGGGGCUACUGCACCUUCUCUGACAGUCAAACUCAAGCAGAUUUUCAGCUCUGGUUCAAAGGAUGCCUCUGUUAUUGAUCAGGAUCUCAAUUUUGACCAUAAAAAUGCCGUGCAUUACUUGGAUGCUUUGCCCAAAGACAUUGAUGUUGGCAAUUACAUUUUCACUUUCGAGAUUGUUCUUCAUGAUUCAGAGCACAAAAUGAUCUAUGCCACUGGAGGAAGAACAAAAGCACUCAUAUACGUUACAGGAGUUAUUAAAGUUGAUAAUGCAGAGAUUUCUGUUCUUGACAGUGAUCUUGGGAAUAUUGAAACUCGUAAAAAGCUUGAUUUGGCUGGAAAGAACUCCAUCUCUUUAUCAGCAAACCAUCUUCAAAAGCUCCGGUUGUCAUUUCAAUUAACUUCUCCUCUUGGGCAUGCUUUGAAGCCACACCAGGCUUUCCUCAAGUUGAGUCAUGAGAGCAAGGUGGAGCAUAUCUUUGUGGUCGGGAAUUCUGGAAAACAAUUCGAAAUAAUACUAGAUUUCCUUGGACUUGUUGAACAGUUUUUCUAUCUAUCGGGUAGAUAUGAUAUUCAACUUACUGUUGGAGAUGCUGUAAUGGAGAACUCGUUCUUGCAACCUUUGGGAUCUGUUGCAUUAGAUUUGCCAGAGGCUCCAGAGAAGGCAGCACGUCCACCUCCUCAGGCUGUUGACCCUUCCUCUAGAUUUGGGCCCAAGGCAGAAAUAGCUCACAUUUUCAGGGCUCCAGAGAAAAGACCUCCGAGCAACCUUUCUUAUGCAUUUCUGGCCCUUGUUCUUUUGCCAUUCUUUGGAUUUUUGGUUGGGCUUUUGAGACUACGUGUGAACCUGAAGAACUUCCCAACAGCAUCAGCACCUGCAGCAUUUGCCAUUCUUUUCCAUCUUGCCAUUGCUGCUGUUCUAUCACUUUAUUCUCUGUUCUGGUUGAAGUUGAAUCUGUUCACUACACUGAAAGCGCUUGGAUUCUUAGGGAUCUUCUUACUAUUUGUUGGACACAGAACCCUUUCACAUCUGGCGUCCACAUCUGCCAAGUUGAAAUCUGCCUGAUAUAGAUAGAUUGAUUUAGCUUAACACCUAUAAAUGUGAGGAAGCAGGGUUCUUCAAGAGAAAAGAG